AAAAAAAAAAAACCAUUAGGCCUCGUAAACAUCCUACAAUGGGGGGUGCUCUAGAUAUUUCGCUUGAUCCUCAAUGGCGCCAUGCAGUCGCGGGAGUGGGAUUACAGUCCGAGGAAAGGUGUAAUUACUUGCGUGGAUUGGUUGAUAUGGGCAGCAACGGCAUUCGUUUCUCGGUGUCGAACCUUUCACCUCCUACUACCCGUAUCCUUCCCACUCUUUAUGUCAAUCGUGUCGAUAUUUCCCUCUACGACGCACAAUUCGAUCCCGAGACUGGCGUUCGCAUUCCCAUUCCAUCGCCCGUCACAGAAUCUGUCAUUGGUGCUCUUCUACGCUUCCAAAUCAUCUGCAAGGAUCUUGGCGUUCCCGACAAUUACAUUCGCAUUAUCGCCACUGAGGCGACACGAACUGCUAUCAAUUCCGACGAGUUCCUCAAGGCGAUCAAAAUAGGCACUGGGCUCAACGUAGACCUGCUGUUCAAAGAGGAGGAGGGCAGGAUUGGUGCGCUAGGGAUAGCGAGCGGCUUUUCGGAUAUUCAAGGGCUGGCCAUGGACUUGGGUGGCGGGAGCGCGCAGAUUACAUGGUUGAUCUCCCAAAGCGGCAAUAUUCGCCUGAGCCCCAAAGGUUCAUUCAGUUUUCCCUACGGAGCGGCGGCUUUAACGCGGAAGCUGGCCGAAUUGCAAGAAGGAAAAAGCAAGAAGGAGGCCGACGAAGCCGUUGCAGAGUUUCGUAAGGAGAUGGUGGCCAACUUUGUCGAUGCUUACAAUCACCUGCAAGUCCCCCAAGAGCUAGUUGAAAGAGCCAAGAGGGAAGAUGGAUUCCCAUUAUAUCUCUCGGGCGGAGGUUUUCGCGGCUGGGGCUACUUACUACUCUAUGUCAACCAAGUGCAUGGCCGGCACUAUCCCAUCUCUCUAAUCAACGGAUUUUCCGCCCAAAAAGAGCAAUUCGAGGACACAAAUGUGUUGAAGGAUGUCGCGCGUAAUGCACGCGAAAUCUUCCGCGUCUCGGAUCGACGUCGUAUUCAAGUACCCGCCGUCGCAUUCCUAGUCAAUGUGCUCGCCGAAGCGAUACCGCACGGCAUCAGAGAAGCUCAUUUCUGCCAAGGAGGGGUACGCGAAGGAGUCCUAUUCCAGGAACUUUUGCCCAGCAUACGGAGACAGGACCCCCUCGAAGUCGCCACCAUGCGCUUCGCACCCCCAUCCGGAGAUGCAAUUCUCAACCUCCUUAUAUCCGGCAUCCCUCAACAGUCAAAGACGAGUGCAAAAAGAUUCCCCGAAUCGAUAAGCAGUCAGGUCAUCGGCAGCUUCGUCCAGACUCUCUAUGUACACUCGAUCAUGUCCAAAGAAUCGAGCUCCACCGCGGCUUUAUAUAGUACUAGUACCGGAAUAAUGUCCUCAACACACGGUGUCUCCCAUUCAGACCGGGCUCGCCUCGCCCUUCUGCUCGAAGAGCGAUACGAGGGCGAAUUGCCUCCACGAGAGGUCGAUUUCAAAAAUAGCCUCCGCCAGCUCCUAACUCCAGAAGAAGUAUGGUGGACACGAUAUGUCGGCAAAUUGGGUCUUCUCAUCAGUAAAAUAUAUCCCGCUGGUGUAAUCGAUGAGGCAAAGCCCCGAGUAGUGCUUUCAGCUGAGUGGGCGAGCAAUCUCGGUAAGAGGAAGGAUAAGCGAGGCUUGAAGGUGAUUUGGUCUAUCCAAAAGGUCAGGCGAGAUCCGGCAAAGUUGAAGGAGGCAUUGGAAGAUCAUAUGGGCGUUAUAUAUAAAGUGGGAAAGAGGAAGAAUUGGAUUGGGGGAGAGGAUGGUUGGGGAAUGGCCGUUGAUGUCAAGGUAGUAGAGGAGGAUAUUCUUUAAAAACCGCGGUAUCCCGACCCUCUAUAAUAGCAUCAGAGUACAUUAAAGUACUUCCGCUUCAUUAUACAAAUUACAUGCUUUUCAC